AUGGAGUUUGUCGAUGCUGAUGGCAAACUCAUGUAUGGUCCCGCCCUAACCCACUUCGACGAGCUAGAGAUUGUUCGAAUUCUCCCACCUUCCAUCUUUACUGAUGGUCGGUCUGAAAAGCCUGGCUCUCGAAAAUGCAUGAACCGUGCCCUUCUCAAUAUGAUUCAUCACGGUCUUUUAAAGACUAUCACAGACGGCGAUAUUGAGGGCCCGAAGAAUGCACUUACGCUAAGAACCAGUUUGCGUGAUGCAUUCAAGCGAUUUCGUAUAUUCUUUGAUCCUGUUGAAGAUAAAGAAGAUACAUACGUGAUCAAGGCAUUCCCUCCAGGUAUUCCCGGUCUUCCGGUUACGAGAAAUCUCUCUAGUUUCAACGGAGGGAAUGAUGAUCUGCCGGAUCCCCGAUUACUGGCUGCUCAUCGUGAUAUUGGGCACAUUCUGUAUCUCUCUGCUACACGCCCUUUGGUAGGUGGCGAGGCACAAGCGGAUGAAUUCACUGGUAUGUCGGGUUUGGUGGAUGAAUUGAAGAGGGUAACAGUCCAGGGCUGA